AUGGCGAUUAUUGUCUCGCUCUUAUUUUCUUACAUCUUUGACUGGGUGGUGGUUGCUGUCGUCGCUGCUGCUGGCGGCGUCUUAAACUACAUCAAUGGAUUUCACAGACCUUUUUCCCUGACAGACGUCACCAUUGCCUACCCAAAUAAACCCGACAUCGUAUCAAUACCAGUUGUCGUCAUUGUCGCCCUUGUUGCACCCGCGGGUAUCAUUGCAGCCUUAAAUCUUAGCUCGGUGCCUAUGUUCCACGAUCGCGCGGAACGGCAUCGAUUUCAGAGAGCUUUUUGGGAAAUACAUGUUGGCUGCCUCGGCCUGUGUGCGGGGCUCGCGGUCACACUUUUUGUGACGUCUGGGUUGAAAGACCUGGUCGGCAAACCUAGGCCGAACCUACUGGCGCGGUGUGAGCCAGAUUUAGCUCGCAUCUCUCAGUUCAUUGUUGGCGGCUUCGGCGACUCCUUGAACUCCGAGGCGGAAUCCCUUGUCACGGGAGCCAUCUGCCAGCAAACGAACCAUCGACUUCUAGACGAUAGCUUCGCUGCAUUUCCAUCUGGCCAUUCCUCUUUCUCUUGUGCCGGCUUGGUUUAUCUCAGCUUAUGGCUCUGCGCCCGCUUUUCCCUUGGACUUCCCUAUCUCGACCUCUCAUUAAAUGCUCCCUCGUAUCGAAGCGGGAAACACCAAGCGGCUGCUUCAGCACGGGAUAAACAGGCAGCCCCCCCUCUCUGGCAGAUGGCAUUAGCUUUCGCGCCGAUAGUGGCAGCAUUGUUCAUCUGUGCGAGCAGAUAUGCCGAUUUCCACCACGCCGGGUUCGACAUCAUCAGUGGUGCCAUUAUCGGAACUGUGUUUGCGUGGACAAGUUUUCGAGUUUACCACCUACCCACUAAACGAGGAUACGGUUUGCUGGCAGGGGGCCCAAGGAAUAAGCGCCACGCCUUCAUCAGUGGUCUGGAUAAUAAUGAAGUGCCGGAUGAAGAACGGGGUGUUGUGACUGAUUAUGAGCUCAAUACCCACAACACUGGUGCUCCAGAGAGAGUGCCCACCAGUGGUUCAGGCCAACCUAUCAUGCCAUUGCGCGAUAAUUCAACAGCCCGACCCCGUUAUUGA